AUGACACUGUUAGCAGCCCUCCUUGUUUCGUACUUCUCAUUCGUAUCGAAGGCGCCUCCCGUCGAAGCUCUCGACAAUGGAGUGGGCCGACUGCCUUUUAUGGGCUACAAUACAUGGAAUGCCUACCACUGUGAUAUAAACGAGACAGUCAUUCUCGACAACGCCCGCCUCUUAGUUGACCUCGGACUCCGUGAUGUCGGCUUCACCUACAUGAACAUCGACGAUUGCUAUCCUGAGAAGGAACGAAACGCCGCAGGGGAUAUCGUCGUCAAUGCGACGAGAUUCCCGUCCGGAAUGAGAAACGUCACUGAUACGAUACACUCUUUGGGAUUGAAAGCUGGGAUUUACAGCGACUCCGGUUGGUUUACCUGUCAGCUCUACCCAGGUUCAUUCCAGAAUGAGGACAGGGACCUGAAAUUGUUCCGCGAGGAAUGGAAUUUUGACCUUCUGAAGUACGAUAACUGUGCCGUUCCAUUCGACGAAGUUAUCAAAGAAGGGAUGGUCGGCAAAUAUACCCGCAUGGCAAAUGCUAUUGCCGAUCUGGCCAAGUCGACCGGCAGAGAGCCUAUCUUGUUCUCGCUGUGUCAAUGGGGAAGAGAACAACCAUGGUUUUGGGGGAGGCGACUCGGUCAAUCCUGGAGAACGACAGACGACGUGGGAAACGGCUGGAGUGCAAUUACAAGCAUCAUCAAUGAAAAUUCUUUCAUCACCUGGGCUAGUGACUUCUUUGGCCACAAUGACAUGGACAUUCUGGAAGUCGGGAAUGGUGGCUUGAACUUUGAAGAGUCAAAAACUCAUUUUACAGCUUGGAGUCUCAUGAAGUCGCCUCUACUUAUUGGCACGAAUCUUCCGACAGCGACGCAGGAGACUCUGGAAAUAUUCAAGAACACAGAAAUUAUCGCAAUCAAUCAGGAUCCCGUCGUAGGAACGGCUGUUCAGCCCUUCAGAUGGGGACAUAAUCCCGAUUGGACAUUUGAUAGCCUCCAUCCCGCUCAAUACUGGAGUGGUGAAAGCCAGAAUGGGACUGUCUUCAUGCUGAUCAACGUCGAGGACCAACCAGCUGAUAUGUUCUUCAGUCUGACCGAAUCUCCUUGGAUUCGUGCUGGAAGACAAUACUCUGUUCGGGAUCUCUGGACUCAUACUGACAACGGCACUGCUGUGCGCAAUUUCACUGCACAUAACGUACCGGCACACGGUGUGGUAGCUUUGCUGUUGAAAGAUGCAGGAGACGAACCUGCCGGUACUGAACCCCCUUGUGCCCGACCGGAAUGGUGUAUGGAUCAGAAUGGAACGAGGAUUGACCAGUAA